AUGAAUGAAGAGAACACCGAUGGAACAAACGGCUGCGGCAAAGUGCGCACUGGUAUUCAGAAUGAAGCGGCCUUGCUGGCUCUGAUGGAGAAGACUGGCUACAACAUGGUGCAAGAAAACGGUCAGAGGAAGUUUGGUGGUCCACCUCCAGGUUGGGAAGGUCCGCCUCCCCCCAGAGGCUGUGAGGUUUUUGUUGGGAAGAUACCUCGGGACAUGUAUGAAGAUGAGUUGGUUCCUGUGUUUGAAAGGGCUGGGAAGAUUUAUGAAUUUCGGCUGAUGAUGGAGUUCAGUGGUGAAAACAGAGGCUAUGCGUUUGUGAUGUACACCACUAAAGAAGAAGCCCAGCUAGCCAUCCGCAUUCUUAACAAUUAUGAGAUUCGACCAGGAAAGUUUAUCGGUGUGUGUGUUAGCUUGGAUAAUUGCAGGUUAUUUAUUGGAGCAAUUCCCAAAGAAAAGAAAAAGGAAGAAAUCUUGGAUGAGAUGAAGAAAGUUACAGAAGGUGUUGUAGAUGUGAUUGUUUAUCCAAGUGCAACUGACAAGACCAAGAACCGUGGCUUUGCGUUUGUUGAGUAUGAGUCCCACAGGGCUGCUGCAAUGGCCAGGAGAAAGCUGAUUCCAGGAACAUUUCAACUUUGGGGCCACACCAUUCAGGUAGAUUGGGCUGAUCCAGAGAAAGAAGUUGAUGAGGAAACCAUGCAGAGAGUUAAAGUUCUCUAUGUGAGAAAUCUAAUGAUUUCGACUACAGAGGAAACGAUUAAAGCAGAAUUCAAUAAAUUCAAACCUGGUGCAGUGGAACGAGUAAAGAAACUUAGAGAUUAUGCCUUUGUUCACUUCUUCAACCGAGAAGACGCAGUGGCCGCUAUGUCUGUGAUGAAUGGGAAGUGCAUUGAUGGAGCCGGUAUCGAGGUAACACUGGCAAAGCCCGUGAACAAAGAGAAUACUUGGCGACAGCAUCUUAACGGCCAGAUGAGCCCAAAUUCAGAAAACCUGCUUGUGUACGCUAACAAAGAAGAGAGCCACUCCAAAACGCUAGGCAAGCCGCCAGGCCUUCCCACUCGCCUCAACGGUCAGCAUAGUCCCGGCCCCCCUGAAAUGGAAAGAUGUACUUACCCUUUCUUUCCUGGAACAAAGCUUACCCCAAUUAGUAUGUAUUCUUUAAAAUCCAAUCAUUUUAAUUCUGCAGUGAUGCACUUGGAUUAUUACUGCAACAAGAAUAAUUGGGCACCACCAGAAUAUUAUUUAUAUUCAACAACCAGUCAAGAUGGAAAAGUACUUUUGGUAUAUAAGAUAGUUAUUCCUGCAAUUGCAAAUGGAACCCAGAGUUACUUCAUGCCAGAUAAACUCUGCACUACGCUGGAAGAUGCAAAGGAACUGGCAGCCCAGUUCACGCUGCUUCAUUUGGACAGGGAACACAGUCUCUUCAGCCUGGACCUGUGUAGAAGAAUUUGGAGAAAAUAAGCAGGUCCUUUCUGAUGUUGCUUGAGCUUACUCUCCUGCAGUUGGUCUCAUCCUGUUGGUUACAUAUUAAGUCCCAUGACAACAUAAAGUUGAUGCACACGUGUUGUAGGGCUCAUAGUGAAUGAUACUGGGGGAGAAAUUGACCUGUACGUUAAACGACCUAUUCCACUUCCCACUGCAACAGCACAGCUUCUACCAAUCAUUAUUUUACACUGCAGUCGCCACUUUGACUGCAGUGCAGUAAAGAGCAUAGUUGAGUUUUUGGAAAGUACAGGAUCUACAGAUUUGGUCAAUAAAACACACACAUACAGAAAUACUAUGAUUAAGGAAGCAGGAAAUUAUUGGUACAUAAGAUGAACGUUUGUUUGAAAUAGUAAUUUCAAAUAUAAUUGUUUUAAUAAUUUGGUUAAUUUUAGAUAUUUUCUAUACUAUUAGGUUGAUAAUGGUUUUUGAAGUUCAUUUGGUAGAGAUGAUUCAUUUUACUGUUUUGUGGUACCAGUGAGACUCUAAUGUUAAAUUGAUGUGUUUGGUUAUAUGAAUGUUUGUGCCAGCAUUUAAAUAAUGAAAUUUUGGAUAGUUAGUUUGUACCAGAAGU